UCGGCUAUCGCGAUUCAAGUACAUAAAUGUACAUAGAAAUGUUUUUUGUUGAGUGUUGAACUUGCAUCGGCAUUUAUUUCACAAUGUUUUGCUAAAAUAUUGUGUUGUGAGUAGUGCAGUGAUAUAAAAAUGUGGAUCCCUUUAAAAACUCCAAAACUUGGAGUCGCUGUAUACAAUUGGAAAGGAGAUGUUAAAUCGGGCUUACCCUUAGAAAUUGGAGAGACUGUACAAAUCCUGGAAGAAAAUGGAGGCUGGUUCAGAGGAUUCAGCACCAAAAACAGAUCUGCAUGGGGCAUAUUUCCAUGCUGCGUGGUGACUAUAAGACCAUGUACCAUCAAAGGCUCUGGCUUAUCAGCAGUGGCAGAGUUAAAAGAUGACCCAUUGGUUCGAGAAAUAGCCUGUGUGCUUAGGGAAUGGGCUAGACUGUGGAAGAAACUUUAUGUUGAGCGGGAAACAUACAGGUUCAGUGCUGUAGCGAAAGUGAUGCGGGAAUUGCUAAGUGGCCGACGGGCGUUACUUACUGGUACAUUAACCCAAGAUCAGACGAGGGCAUUGCGGCUCAAACUCGUCGCCAAACUCGACUGGGGGAAUCGGAAACUGGGAUUGGAGCUAGUGCCCCGACGUGGCGCUGAAGCAGUGGAUCCCGAAGAGUCAAGCUUGGUGGAGUUGUACGGGGUCCACGUAGAGAGUGCAGAACGGGCUGCAGCAUGGCGUGGAACACUCCGUCGAGCUGGUGGUUCUGGCAGCAGCUUCAACUCUACCCUCACUAUCACACCAACCGCUCAGUCGCACUAUCUUAUGUGUAGUAUGAGGGAUUUUGGACACACCGCCGGUGGCGAUGAAGCCGAGCUGUUGCUAUGGUUACACGAUGCCAGGAGAUCACAACCGCUGUCAGAGAGAUUUCGAGUUCGCAUCGCAAGAGAUGGCUUCUCGAACUAUAUAGACCGACUGCAUGCAAAUAGCACUCUCUUUGCGGAUCUCUCAGCAACGGAUCUAUCUCGUGAGUUAUGGCUUGUCGCAUGGGUUAUUCGUGUGGGGAGGUGGUCAGGCGCAGGUGGCAUGGGUAGCGGGACAGGGGAACGACGAGGGCCGAUAGCACGGAGGCCUUUAGGCGCUGGUGUGCUGCCUCUAGCGGAGUUCUUGAGACAACCAGAACAGCCUUCUGUGGAAAAGGAGUAUACGUUUAAGGUGUACCAAUGCGAAGAGAAAGAUUUUCACCAACUCCACGACAUGCUAAUACGCAAACAGACAAAUAAAUGCAACAUUUUACCUGGACAGCCGAACUACGGCAUCGUAGUAGCCCUGAGGCUGCUAACAAAUCAAGGCGGUAUAUCGGAGGCUGUGGCAUCUGGAGCUACUGUGACAGCAAAAAGGGGAUUCCCCGACGUCAUAAUGCCCGGAGAUGUCCGAAACGAUCUCUACAUGACAUUGGAAAGGGCGGAGUUCGAAAGAGGCGGGAAGAGUACGGCGAAAAAUGUCAUGGCAACAGUUACUGUGCACGAUAAUACUGGACAAGUUAUUAAUGAUUGCGUAUGGGGUGCCAGUGGAACGGGCUCUACUUUGUAUGAGUCGUUAGUUUUGUAUCACAACAAUAGCCCAGCUUGGGGCGAACAGUUACGCCUCACCGUUCCCUUAGAGACGUUCACUCACGCGCACGUUCGGAUCGAGUUUAGGCAUUGCUCAACACGCGAUAAGAACGAAAGGAAACUGUUCGGUUUCUCCUUCGCGCGAUUGAUGGAGGCAAGUGGCGCCACCCUACGGGACGGCUCCCACGAGCUGCACGUUUACAAGUGUGACGAUCCCACGAAGUUAUUAACAGCGAGCUAUCUAUCUCUGGCUUCUUGCGCUAAUGACACUGCGCGUGCGUCUACUACCAAUGGAGUGGUUGCGUCGUUUCCUAGGAGUACCAAAGAAAAUUGCACAAUUAGUACAGUGCUAUGCUCCACCAAACUUACACAAAAUGAGGAUCUCCUCGCGCUACUGCAAUGGCGGGCGCAUCCAGAGAAAGUGCAGGAGACCUUGCUCCGAGUUUUGCGACUGGGAGACGGACUGAGUUGCGAGGAGCUUAUAAAAUUCCUUCGGGACGUUCUGGACGCGUUAUUUGCCUUGUUUUCUACUGAAGAUGGAAACAGCACACCUCAUUCCGGCACAGUGUUCCUGGUGCUUGUUUCGAUUUGCAGUCUUCUGGAUGAGAGCCGAUUCCAGCAUUUCCGACCUGUGCUCGACGUUUAUAUCGAGGAGCAUUUCUCGGCUGCACUCGUUUAUAAAGGUUUACUCUCGUCCGUGCAACAUUGCGCCGAAUGGGCGGCAGGCGCCGAAGGGCAGGAACCUAUCCGCAAAUGCCUGCGGUCCCUCGGGGCCGUCUUCAGGUUGGCCGUUCGAUCGCGGUGCUUGUUCGCCCGAGCCACGGGAGGACAGUACGAAGACAGCUUCAGAAGGGAUGUCAGGGCGGCCUUGCACGCUUUAAAAGCUCUAGCUCAGCACCCGCAUAGGGAGCAUUUGGCGCCUGCGCAGGUGGCCCUGAUGACAUCAUGGGCGAGUGUGGCCAGAGAGGUAUCAUCAGCCCUCGGGCCAGUGGAAGCUGCGAGGAUCUCCGCUUCCAUUUUGGAUGCAUUUGCUGCUAAUGUUCCCGCGACAUUGGCUAGAGCCAGAUUAGCGGCUGCUCAGGAGAUACUGAAGGGACCGCUUGGACAGGAGCCUGAAGCAAGGAAUAUAGUCCUAACAACCGCCUGCCACCAUUUACGCGUCCAUUUGGCGAGAAGAGACGAAUUGAGCCAGUGUGCUGAUAUGUUGAGCGAGCUGGUGGCGCUUCUCUGGAAGAAGGAGGACACCGAACAGCUGGACGAAGAUGAGCUGGACCCAGACGUGGAUGUCUUGUGUCUGAACACGCUGGACGUCUUGGUGGAAACUGUUCUCCAUCUCAUCGGUGGAAAUUCUCCUGUGCUUGGUUCAAUGGUGGCCGGGCUACUCGGUGUGAUGGAGUUGUUGAAGCCCGCUCAUUACCAGCGACUGUGGAGCCAUCUGGCGCCGCACCCGCACGACAGGAAGCCUUUGAAGGACUUCUUGAUGCGAGCGUUCCUUGUCUUCAGGCAUCUCGUUGAACAAGAUGUUUUUCCAUCUGACUGGAUGGUCCUUCGCGUACAAAGCUGCAAGGUGUUGUUAUCCGCAUUGCAAGACUUGGCUAAGCCGCUUUUGGAGCGAUUUUUGGGUGAUGAACAGCCGCAAUUUGAUUCUCAACUCUGGUCUGGGUAUAUGGAACUCGGAGUGGCCCUAGUAACAUCGAGUGCGUUGCAGACCGAGAGAUGGACUGGCAGAGGUCCCGACAGGGGAGGCAUGAGGGCCGCAGCUGGACUGCAGGUGCUUGCUGUCUGGAGUAGGCUUGGUGCCGCCCAACUCCAACUAAUUGGCGCGGCUGUAGGUGCCUUACUGGAAAUAACUCUAGUGGGCGAACUUCGGCGAGCGGCGUUGGGCGCUUUAGUCGCUUUGAUGGCAGCCGAAAGGGCCGCCACCGGAUCCGCGAGACGCACCGAAGCGGCCCUUGUCGAUAAAUUAGACUCGUUGGUCGCGGACAAUAAGGCGGACGAUCAUUAUCGGCGCUUGUUUGAUACCGUUCUCAUGGAGCGUGUAUCGACCGAAGGCUGGCGCGAGGCAGGCGCUGCCUUCGUGGGCUGCGUGACCAGACUCUUGGAGCGACUGCUCGACUACAGAGCCGUGAUGCAGGGCGCGGAGCAUAGGGACAAGAGGAUGUCCGCUACUGUUAAUUUGCUGAAUUUCUACAAGAACGAAAUAGAUCGCAAAGAGAUGUACCUCCGCUACGUGUACAAACUGCACGACCUUCACAUCGCUUCGGACAACUUUGUUGAAGCCGGUUGUACGCUGCUGUUAUACGCGGAAACCUUGAGCUGGGAUAGUGACCAGGUGGGAGUGGACUCGGAGCAUCCAGAAACUCCAGAGUGGAAGAGAAAAGAGUCGUUAUACAAUCAAGUGUUGCAAUACUUUGACAGGGGAAAGUGUUGGGAAAAAGGUCUACCGCUUCUUCGGGAGCUGGCAACAUUGUACGAGUCCAAAUUGUGUGAUUACUCCCGAUUGGCUCAAUGCUUGAGGACGCAUGCGACGUUCUUGGACUCGGUGUUGAACGAACUCAGACCGGAGCCCGAGUACUUCAGAGUCGGGUUCUAUGGAAAAGGAUGUCCGCUGUUUGUUAGGAACAAGCAAUUCGUGUACCGCGGCUACGAGUACGAGCGCAUCGGAGCGUUCACGCAGCGUCUCCAAGCGGAAUACGUGUCCGCACACAUCCUCAUGAGGAACACGCCGCCGGACGAAUCCGUCAUAGCUGCGGACGGACAGUAUAUUCAAAUAUGCAACGUGAAGCCAGUCGCGUCGAUCCACUCGUGUCCAACGAAUGCGCCUGAGCAGGUGAAGCGGUUCUACGCGUUCAACGACGUGGAUACGUUCCUUUGCGACCGGCCUUUGCAGAAACCGCCCAUCGAUAAAGACAAUGAGUUUAAGAGUUUAUGGAUAGAACGCACGACAUUGGUAACAGAAAAUACAUUACCGAACAUUUUGAGGUGGUCGGAAGUUGUCACCAGAUCCGUCGAAGAAAUACCACCAGUUGAGUUUGCGUGCGAAACAAUGGAAGCAACGGAACGGGAACUGCGCAAUCUCAUAUCUCAAUACACGGCGGAUCCAACGCGAAACAUAAACCCAUUCACGAUGCGUCUCCAAGGAACCAUCGACGCCAACGUUCAAGGCGGGAUAACGAAGUACGAACAGGCGUUCCUGACCGCCGAAUUCGGAAGAAAUGCCUCAUCCAGGGAGGCGACGGCCGUUGCAAAGCUGAGGCGGCUGGUUUCUUCACAAUUGGCUGUUGUGGAGGCGGCUUUGGCUCUGCAUGGACGGUUGGCGCCUGAGGAAGUUAAGCCGUUACAUAGACGUUUGGUCGAGCGUUUUACUCAGCUGCGUCAAAAUCUUGGCCCGGGAUUGGCGCGUGCUAGAAGGCAGCUAUCCGAAAGUAUUGUCAACACCCCAUUGCCUCCUGUCCCGGCAUUGGACAAGCGUUCUCACAGUAUACAACAAAAUGAUGGAUAUUACGAUGACGCCCAUUUUUAUAAUAAGCCCAUUUACUCGAUCGACGACUCCCUGGAUCAGCAGGGCAGUAUAAUGUCCAAUAGCCUACCAGUGAAUGACGGCCGGGAGUGCGACGACGUCAGCAGCAUGGUCAAGUCGGCACCGCCUCUCCCUUGCAGGCCUAAAAGUGACCCACGGAGCCCUACGCGACCGGACAAGAUAUAUCGUGACCCUGUCGAAGAGGAAGUUGAGACCCGUAGACACAGCCGUGCGUCGUGGACUGAACAUGAUGCUCCACCUUUACCACCAAGAGUAUCAGGUGAAAAGAAAUCAUGGGGUGAAGCGCCCGCAGUGCCGAGACGAGGUGCGCGUAGCACCGGAGUCACGGACGAGCGAGACUCGGGCGUCAGCGUAGACGCGCACGCGUAUACCAAUGCGGACGAACACAGGCAUAAUGAUUUUGAUCUAGUGGAAUCUCUCCGGUACGAAGAGAUCAUUUCUAUGAUGUCGGAGCCUUUACGGGUUGACGAAGGUGAGACUCCUCCGCCUAUACCACCGAAGGGUUUGGGGCAUCUCAGCAGUUUCGAUUCGGGACAUCAUGAAAAUGGCGAGUCUCAUUGCUAAGAUUUUACCAAAUAUUCCGAGAUUUUUUUUACGUACAUUUGAAUGACGUUUAUAAAAAAACACUUUUUGACAUGUAUUUUGAUAAUUUUGACGGCUUUUUGUUAUUAUUUAGCAAAACUUUCUAUGAAAUGUAUCAAUUAAAUAUAUAUAUAAUAAUAAAAUAACAAAUCAAAAGUCGUAAUGCGUAAAAUAUCCAUUAUAAGAAGUAAUAUGUUAAAAUAAGCAUUCAUAUUUUUGUAUAUUAUGUUUUAGCAGUCUCGAAAACACGUUUUUAAUUAAAUAUGAAGUCAGCGGUUAAUUAGUGCCAUACAAAUGCAAUAUAAAAACAACUCUAUGUUUUUAUGAUCGAUAAAGUAUAUUUUUAUUUAUGUAAGGUAUGAAAUCAAUACAAAUUUUAUUUUAUAUUAUAAUUUUUAGUUAUCGGUUUGCACAAAAUUAGUAGAUUUACUAUAACCGUUAAUAUUUCCUAUGUAAUUAUUUAAGCAGCAGAAAAUAUUAAGAGCAGU